AAACACGGUGAGCGUCUUCAGCUGAGUCUGACUCACCUGCUGUCACUUGUGCAGAGAUGGGCAGGGCUGCAGGGGGGAACCUGAGAGCUGAAGGAGGAAGCAUGUGGGGAUUUUCUUUUAACCAGUCAAGGCUUGUUCAAGUGAGAGUAUCAGUCUGCCAGAGGUGAAGAGAUUCAGGAGGGGCUCGCUCAUCGUCAUGGACGUCAUGGCAUCCUGGACUGCAUUGCUCAUCUGUUCAGUCAUCCCCCCGUCUGUGGCUCUGGAGAUGGGACGCCAACAUGGCAGGGGGCCGGUGGCCGCGGCCCCAGGAGACCUCAUCAUCGCAGGACUCUUCCCCAUCCACGAAGACGUGGACCACUCCCAAACCUCCGGGGCUCCACACCCACCGCCUUGCAUCAGGUUUGCGUGGAAAGGCCUGGGGAGAGCCCUGGCUAUGAUCAGUGCUAUAGAGGACCUGAACCGAUCCCCUCUGAUGACGGAUGUGAACGUGACUCUGGGCUACCGGAUCCUGGACUCCUGCCAUGACGUCAGCACAGCUCUGAGAGCCACAGCAGACUUCAGCCAGGGGCCCGUCGUGGCCCUCGUGGGGGCCUCCUACUCCGAGUUGUCCAUAGCUGUGGCCAGACAGCUGACUCUGGAGAUGAUCCCUCAGAUCAGUUACUCCUCGACAGCUGCCAUCCUGAGUGAUAAGAGCCGCUUCCCUGCCUUCAUGAGGACCGUCCCCAACGACCGUCACCAGACGGCAGCCAUGGUCAGUCUGCUCAGCACCUUCGGCUGGAACUGGGUGGGCGUGGUUACCACCGACGGGGAUUAUGGGAGAUCAGCUCUGGACCACUUUGUCACACAGGCCUCUGAGAAAGGCAUCUGCGUGGCCUUCAGAUCGGUCCUGCCUCAGUCCGCGACCAGCGCCAACGUCCAGGCGGCCAUCGUUAAGACGGCAGAAACCAUCCACGCCAAUCCAAAGGUGCAGGUCAUUGUGUCAUUCGCCAGUCCCCUUCACAUGAUGCAUCUGUUCCAAGAGCUGAGGGACGGGGCUCUGGGGGCGGGACAGGGGGUGGAAGCCAUGAGGAGAGUUUGGGUGGCCAGUGACAGCUGGUCGUCCUCCAGCUCCGUCACCAGAAACCUAACUCUGCAGGACAUUGGACACGUUGUAGGCUUCACCUUCCAACAUGGAGAGCCAAAAUCAUUUAGUGAGUGCCUGAGCAGGCUGGAGGCAGGUGAACUGAACUGCACCGGCAUGAAACACAUCCUACAGGAGCUCUGCAAGCACCUGAACGGCACUGACGGACCUGCAGACCCAGAGUUGGUGGAUAUCAGUGAAGUACCGGUGGGCCCUGAGCUGUUGGACGCCAGUGAAAGAUCUGCAGACCCUGAGCUCCUGUCCAGAGCUGUGAGCUUGCUCAAAAAACACUCUCAACCUGACAUCACCUUCAGUGUCCAGAUGGCUGUGAGCGUCUUGGCUAACGCUGUCGCUUCCAUCUGUCGCAGCAGAGACUGCAAAACACCUGGCAGCGUGCAGCCCUGGCAGGUUUUAGAGGCUCUGCAGAAGGAGGAGUUCACCCUCAGAGGAAGCACCUACAGGUUUGACAGCAAUGGAGAUGUGAAUUUGGGCUAUGACGUGAGCAUUUGGAGGUCGGAGGGAGGCCUUAUCCAUGUCCAUGAAGUGGUAGCAGAGUACCAUCCACUCAACUGCAGCUUCACCCACAGCAAGACCAGAAAGCUGCAGCUGCUGCAGAACGUCAUAUCCAGAUGCUCCAACAGCUGUGUUCCUGGAGAGUUCAAGAAGACGGCUGAGAGCCAACACACUUGCUGCUACGAAUGUAUCAACUGCACCGAGAACUACUUCUCCAACAGCACAGAUAUGGACCAGUGUCUGAGCUGCGACCCCAGCACGGAGUGGUCUCCCCAGGGCAGCUCCGGCUGCACCCCCAAAGCCCUGCGCUUCUUCUCCUGGCACGACAGCUUUGCAGCGGUGCUGCUGAGCUUCUCCACCAUGGGGAUCCUGCUGGCCCUGCUGGUGCUGGCUCUGUUCCUGCACCGCAGAGACACUCCGGUAGUGAAGGCCGCCGGGGGGGCCCUGAGUCACGUCAUCCUCCUGUCUCUGGUGGUCUCCUACGUCAGCGCCAUCCUGUUCGUGGGCCGGCCCAGCGGCCUGCAGUGCAAAGCUCGGCAGGUGCUGUUUGGAAUCAGCUUCACUCUGUGCGUCUCCUGCAUCCUGGUUAAGACUCUGAAGAUCGUUCUGGCCUUCCAGUUCAACCCAGGGCUGCCGGGGAUCCUGCGGGGGCUCUACCGGUCCUACGCCAUCAUUGGCAUCUGCAUGGCCGGUCAGGUGGCCACCUGCAUCUGCUGGCUGGUCCUCAGGAGCCCCUUCAAGCAGGUCACCAUCUCCCAGACCGAAGUGCUGGAGAACUGUCACGAGGGUUCUUACGUGGCUUUCGGGGUGAUGCUGGGCUACAUCGCUGUCCUGGCUUUCAUCUGUUUCAUCUGUGCUUUCAAAGGCCGGAAACUUCCUCAGCAGUUCAACGAGGCCAGGUUCAUCACCUUCAGCAUGCUGCUCUACCUGGUCUCCUGGCUGCUCUUCAUCCCCAUCUACGUCACCACCUCGGGGGUGUACCUGCCCGCCGUGGAGAUGGUGGUCAUCCUCAUCUCCAACUACGGCAUCCUCAGCUGCCACUUCUUCCCAAAGUGCUACGUCAUGCUUUUCAAAAGUGAUCAGAACAACGCCGGCGCCUUCAGGAAGAAACUGUAUGAAUAUUCCAGAAAAUUCUCAGAUUUAGUGAUCGUUUCUGUGAGUUCAGAGUCCCAACAGCAGUCCGGUCCUUCAAUCUCCUCCGAACCUUCUCUUGAGAAUCCCCCAGAACUCUCCAAAGAGUCGAUCGGCAGAAACAGAAGCAGCUUCUUGGUUUCAGGCAGCGGUUCGACCACACGUCGCUGCCUCAGAAGAAGCCUCAGUAUGUGAGAUGUGGAAACUCAGACGGUUUCUCUGUAAACCAGGGAUGUUCAGCAUCACAGAGACCGAGAAGGGCUGCUUGCACAGAAACUGCAAAGAUAUUGAAGUAUUGCAAUGUGUUUUAAUCAUAGUAUAUACAUAUCACGAUGUAGAUGAUGAUGUUGAAGAGAAAGCAAGUAUAACUUAAAAGGAACGGAGAUUAAAAAAAAAAAAACAAGAUUCAGGACUAAAUUGAUGGAACGUUGUGUUUCUGUGAAAGGAAUCAGUUUAUGGAACAAUCUGAAUAAAGAAAACAAAGAAUCCAAAUCAAACAUUACAUUCAAAAGAACAAUUAAAGCCUUUAUGUUAAGUAAAUAUAAUGAAAUGUGUUAGUUAAGUUUGAUUGACAUACCCAUAGAAGGCGAUAAUUCUAUUUUAUUUUAGUUUUUUAUUUACUUAGUUGUUGUUUUUUAAAUUUCUAAUUUAUGUUAUUUGUGAGUUUAUUUCUUGGAAAAAGGGGCAGAUUAGAUAGGAUUCUUCUUCUUUCUGCUCCCUUUUCAUUCACAAUUUAUGAACAUUUGUGUUUGUAUUUGUAUUGAAUUGUUUGUUUUAUUUUUUGAAUGAAAUAAAGAAUAAAAUGAAAAUGAAAUGAAAUAUCACUUUUGGUUAAAAUCUUUUUGUUGGUGUAUGAUGGAGAAGGAAGCAAAUAUAACAUUGUCAUAAAAAUGAAUGGUUGAAUAUAUGUCAAAUUAACUCCUCCACUACCAGUUCAGGGCAGUGGAGGCAGAAUUGAAUCUGAUACUGUUGGAGACAAUGUAAUAAUACGAUGGCUGACCACUGUCAUAUCUGCUGGUGUUGCCCAGUGAUCCAACCUUACUGGCUGGAUGUAGCUAGAGAGAUAACAUCAAUUCUUGGCUUUGAAAUUGAGUGUAGCUUGACAUCUGUAUAUCUGUGUAAUCUACCAACUGAACUCAAUCCCCAGGAUGUAUACCUUUUGAAAAUAUUACUUAUAGCCAGCAAAAAGUCAAUAACAAGGAAGUGGCUUAAGAGGGAACCACCGACGGUGAGAGAGUGGAUAACACUGUGAAGGAAAUGGGUGAAAUGGAAUUGCUGACCUUCUCCCUAACACUGUGUGGUGAUAAGGCCCAGAAAUAUUGGGGGAAAGUAUAUACUGUAAGUGAGAGAUUGUUAUAGAAAAAUUCCUCUUGUGUUUAAUUUCUAUACUAUGAUGGAUGUUUAUUGUCACUUAAUAUAUUGGACUGAUUGAAAAUCACAAUGGCAUUGGAAAUGUCCUUGUUGAUAUCAUUAUUACCCACAAAUGUUUUAACAACUUUGUUCCCCUGACUGGUUUGUACCUUAUGGAUUUAUCUGACAAGACAUUUUCCCUACUCUGCAUAUUGGAUGGACUUACAUUGGAGGGACUCCCACCCCAGGCUGGCUGGCCUCUCCUCUCACACCCAGGAACUAUAGUAACCCUUUAUUACCUAGAGCAAUAUCUGUUUUUUUUUUGUUUUUUUGAUGCACCAUAAUCCACCCCCUUCGGUGACCUGUAUGUUCCGUGCUGUUUGAUUUAUGUCAUGCUUUUUUACAGCACAUAAAAUUCUGUAUUAUAAAACUAAAUAUAAAGUAAAAAAAAAAAAAAAAAAAAUCUUUUUGUUGGAAAUAAACACUUACAAACAAUCAAAUAACUUUUUUUUUUCAAACUAUAAAACACACAAACAGACACACAAUGGGUAACGUCUCCACAAGAAACGAAUUUUGGGACAGAAACAUCCAGAAAUAAUGCCAUUGAUAUGUAAUGUUCAGAAAUGAUAUGGAAUAAAAAAAUAUUUGGUCUGUCCUUCGUCUAGUUGAUAGCGGUGGUGAUUUGAUAUCAUGUGAGAACUUUUGCCUUAAAUAUGACCUUGCUUGCAACGGUAAUACAUUUAAAUCUAUCACCAAAGCCAUCCCCAAAUCUGUUUUGAAUUUGAUCAAAUGUGUUUUAACUAAUCCUACUCCUAUCAACCCUCAUUUUCCACAACUUUUGGUUGGUGGCUGUGCCUUUAAUGAGGUUAAAAUUCCAAACAAAUCAAUUACAAAAUACGUUUAAUUUCAUCUCAUACCCUGAGCUCAGUACACUGCAAAAACUCAAAAUCUUA